AUGCGUCUUGCUGUACGCUUGCUGCGUCCAGCAGCCAAUCAGAAUGUGAAGAAUCCCAAACUUUGGCAGGAUCCUGUUCUUGGUUACUUUGAACCCACGAAAGUUGAUCUCUUAGGUAAAACGGAAUUCCUUCCUGGACAGGAGUACAAUUUGACAGAUGAUGAGAAGAAGGCCGUACUUUGGAGGUAUCGUGUGAAGGAGAUUCUUAAGAAAGGAGAAGGUGUGGUAAUGGAUCCUUCAAUGUUCCGAUGGUAUUCGGCCGAUAUGACACAGGCCGAAUUCUUCCGCUUCACUCCCAGAUCGGUGUUUCUUUACGUAGGAUCCGUUAUUCUGAUUUUCUAUCUCUACACGCGACUGGUUUAUGUACCAAUUGACAAAUCGAACGAAGCCUGUUUGGAUGGAGAAAUGUUGUGGUGGGAUCGUCAGCGGGGCCGUACUCUGACUACUGGAGGAUCAGGAAAAUUUGCGCCAAUUGAACCAGGUUUUUCUGGAAUGGCGGAAUUGAAAGCCGCUCUGAAACAAGCGAAGAAGCUACUGGGCGAGAACCACAGUGAGGAUGCUUUGAAUGUGCUACAGGAGUUGCUUGAUGAUGGCGUUGAAGACUACAUGAUGUUUUGCUUUGCCGCUUUAGCGCAUGCCAAUCUGGAUGAUAAAAACAAAGCAAAGAACUUAUACGAAAAGGCUAUUAAACUUGAUGGAAAAAUGCCUAUUGCUUGGCAAGGGCUCUUCAAACUAUACGAUACUGGAAAAUUACCGCCUGAUGAGCGCGCAAUUGAAGUAUCUACUCACCUAGUCUCGUUAUGGAAAAUGCGUCUUGCUGUACGCUUGCUGCGUCCAGCAGCCAAUCAGAAUGUGAAGAAUCCCAAACUUUGGCAGGAUCCUGUUCUUGGUUACUUUGAAACCCACGGUAAAACGGAAUUCCUUCCUGGACAGGAGUACAAUUUGACAGAUGAUGAGAAGAAGGCCGUACUUUGGAGGUAUCGUGUGAAGGAGAUUCUUAAAAAGGAGUACCUGCGUCGAAGGUGUGGUAAUGGAUCCUUCAAUGUUUCGAUGGUAUUCGGCCGAUAUGACACAGGCCGAAUUCUUACCGGCUUCACUCCCAGAUCGGUGUUUCUUUACGUAGGAUCCGUUAUUCUGAUUUUCUAUCUCUACACGCGACUGGUUUAUGUACCAAUUGACAAAUCGAAACGAAGCGUGUUUGGAUGGAGAAACGUUGUGGUGGGAUCGUCAGCGGGGCCGUACUACUCUGACUACUGGAGGAUCAGGAAAAUUUGCGCCAAUCCGCUCCUGAAACAAGCGAAGAAGCUACUGGGCGAGAACCACAGUGAGGAUGCUUUGAAUGUGCUACAGGAGUUGCUUGAUGAUGGCGUUGAAGACUACAUGAUGUUUUGCUUUGCCGCUUUAGCGCAUGCCAAUCUGGAUGAUAAAAACAAAGCAAAGAACUUAUACGAAAAGGCUAUUAAACUUGAUGGAAAAAUGCCUAUUGCUUGGCAAGGGCUCUUCAAACUAUACGAUACUGGAAAAUUACCGCCUGACGAGCGCGCAAUUGAAGUAUCUGCUCACCUAGUCUCGUUAUGGUAUGUUUUCCUCGUUGAAUUCUUUUUAUCCAUGUGCAACCAGCUU